CACAACAACCCGAGUACCGAAGGCUGUUUAAAUGGCCCGUCGGUAGUUGGGUCUGUGGUGUGACGGUAUUUAGUGUAAUUAUAUCGCCUUAAAUCUGUGAAUUGCGAUUUUCUCUGAUAAGAUAACACGCAGUAGGUCACAGGUCGUAUUGCAUAGAAUCGUGAUGUGUGAUAAAUAAUAAUAAGAAGACUUUGGGUGUCUAGAACAUUAUGUCUGGUCAGGGCAAGUUUGACGCCCUCACCAAAGAACUCAUCACUCACGUUUUAGGUUUCCAGGAGGGCGAAGAAAAUUUUGUACGAAGUGAGCAGUUUGUCUUAUCCAACUUGUUAUAUCAUCAUUGCUUGGCAGUAAACAGCCAUGCUGUACGUCGUUCCAUUGAGGGUAUUGCACUCAAGUUCACCAUCCAUGGUCAGCACCAUCGAGCUCAGCUUUUGACUUCCCUUACCUCGGAAUUUCUUGCUUCUCCUCUCUUCAAAGACCACUUUCAAACUGAUGUUGAAUGGUCCUUGUUGUCUGUCUUGUUACAUUUGAGCAACAGCCCCACACAGGUGCCAGUGCAGGAGGUACAGAAUAAGGCAUCUUCUCCUGAGAGCACAGUUGACUCACUUCCAGAGCAAAUUGAUUGGGGGACAUAUCUUAGGAAUGAAGAGCCAAAGUAUGUUCUUGGACCAGAGGAACCCCUAUCUCCAGCUGAAGUUGUGGACAUCACCAGUAACUUGUUUAAGGACUGGUCAAGUGAUGGUGAGUGUAGUGAUGAUGAAGACACCAAGGCUUUCCAGCAACAGGCACACACAGCUAAGAAUUUACAUUCAAGCAACUUAAGGACCGAGCCUUCCCUUAAACAGCCCACCACGCGAGAACUCUUAGAACAGGUUCACCGAGCAAAGUCCUGGUUGUCGGCUAAAACACAUAUACAAUACUGGGGGUCAAAACGGCCACACCAGUUACCCUUGUCUGAUCAUCCAUCUGCCAAUGUAGCAAAACUGUGGGAGACUGAACGAGGUUUGAGAGGAUUGUGUCAACACCUGAGUGAGUGGGCAGUCAUGAGGGAGGUCUUGUGGGUCUUCCUGUGCCCUGUUCCUGCUCAUAUUUUCAUUCUAAACUCAAAAGGCUCAUUCAUCUUGAAGUCCAAUGUCACAAUUGCAAGUUUAACUCCAGGUGCCACAUCAAGCUUACUGGAACAUCUGUGUGAACCUCUAAAUCAGUUAAGGAUCUUAGAUGCCUUCAUGCACAAGUGCGAGUUCCCAAGUGUGGACCCUCCUACACCGGCCACCAUCUUGGCAUAUGCAGCUGGCUUGCGACUUUGGAGACACCGCUUCCAGUCAUAUCUAGUUGCUUUGGAAGACUGCAUCAAGAAACAAGAAUGUACAUGUACUUUGCUCUGGCUGGAGGGAGAGUUGCGUCCUUGGCUCCGCACGUUGGCUACCAUCUUCGCCAUGCACUCAAUAGCUUUUAGUACCACCACAAAAAAAAAUCCUAAAUAUACUGCAAUAAGGGUGUUGGGUACUCUGUGUGAGGGUGUGGAGGGUACAAGUGAGGCAGGUAUACGGGGGGUGCUCUUACGUCUGCUGCUUCACAGUCUUCGCCAUUACUUGAGCAUCAUCCACAGCUGGCUCCUCCAUGGCACGCUUGUUGACCACGCUCAAGAGUUCAUCAUUCAAAGGGAUGAAUCUGUAAAGGCACACAAUGAAAGAUUUUGGCGUGGAGCUUUUACUAUUAGUCUCGAGGAGGAUGAUCAGAAUUGUGAUACACAGGACCCCAUGAAAACCAUCUUGAAAUUCCUUUCACCUCUGGUGGCUGCUCUUACAACAGUUGGCAAGUCAAGAGAACUGCUGGCUAUUCUAGAUGUUCAGCCUCUAUCCAAUUCCUCUAUCACAUGUAGUCUGUCACAGCUGAAGGCAGAAAUUGAUCAAGAACAGUCUUUGGAAGAAGUUGUAGUAAAAUACAUAAAGAAGACUGUGUGUGAGACCCGUGGUGGCAGUAAAGUGGAAGAUGAGAAAGAUGGUGAUGAAAGUGAGGAAGAGGCAGAUAGUGUCCUUGAGGUUAGCAAUUAUCUAACACCAGGAUGGGAACAAGAAGAUCCCCUUCUUUUGGCUGCCUUCACUGAUACCUUCCAAGAGUCACUUCAGAAUACCUCUUCUGUAGCCAUGGAUUCUAUUACUAGUUUGAUUGAGGACAUUGGUGAUGUUCCUCAAGCAGUAUCAGUUGUAUCUCUUCUGACAUCUGCACUUCGUCCUUUGGUCAAGAGUAAAGAAGACGAGCUGAGUGCCAGGCUCACUUGUGUACUGAUAGAAGAAUACCAUUUAGAUCGCCACUGCCAGGCUGUCCGAUCUGUACUACUUAUGGAAGCUGGUGACAUCAUGCAUGAAUUUUACACACAUUUGUUUUCCAAGUUGGAGAGCGGUGAGAGUGUUGACGGCAUCAGCCUGACUCUCCAUCUGCAAUACUGCAUUGCUCGUCUUUACCCAGACCUUGCACAGUUUUUCUCUGUAUCUCUUGCACAACAAGCAUAUUCAGUUGAAGCAGCAAAAUGGGAAGAUUACACCAAGGACAGUGAAGAUGAUCUGGAACUAGAUGCUGACAAGAACGAUGGAAUGCUGGUUAUUGAUAAGAUUACAGGGUCUGGUAGGAAGGCACUGAGGGGAGACCAUGUAAAAGAGUAUUCUUCAAAGAAGGCUUGUGAGACACCAUCAAACAUGGCACUCUCAAGAACUGGUUUGCCAGAUAUCAGCAUACAGUAUCAGGCACCAUGGCCAGCUAACUUGUUGCUGACUGAAUCAAUUAUGAGACAAUUCAACAUGCUGUUCCACUUUAGUCUGAGUCUCAAGAGAGCAACUAAUGGCCUUGAGAGGUUGAAGUUUAGAGAUCUGGCCAGCUUUCAGACAAUUACCAGCACAGCAAGGACCACAGGGGAAACUACUGUGCCACUACGGUCUCGACUACACCGAUUACAGUUGCUUCGGCAGUGGUUGUUAUGUUUCUCUCGGGAGCUACAUGACCACUUUGCCAACACUGUGUUUCUUCCUUACCACCAAGCUGUAGAAAAAUUAUUUUCAUCUCGGCCAUCCCUUAAUACCAUAAUAACUGAGCAUGAGAAGAUGGUGAAUAAACUAAUCACUGACUGUCUGAUGGGCAACAGUGAGGAAAUACUUCCCCUACAAAUAGUUUUGAAUAAGGUAUUUUGGUUAACUCAGCGUUUAGGGCAGUUAUGGUUGCGAGACAUAGGUCAAGUAAGCAGUGAUGAACUGACGAGUUUAGAAACUAAGUAUGCAAAAGUGCACAGGUACCUUGUAAACGUCCUCACCACACUCGUCACCAUACGCUUUGUGCCACACAUGGAAGGACUGACUCGAACACUGGUCGACACAGUACCCCUUCUCACCCAGCAGUAGGACAGACUGCAUUUAGCGCUUAAGUUUAGUGUGUCUAGCCUAAAAUAUGUGACUAGCAUUAGAGAAAAGUGUAAAUUUAUAGGUAACACUUUGUUUUCUAAUUGGAUUCUACUUUUCUACUUCCCAAAAGGAAUAUGUCUAACCUCACUCCCCUGUGAGGUCCAGUCACAACUUAAGCAUCAUCGUUGUUUCAUGGUCACUUUCCAUGCCUACAGUUCAACAGAACUGGAUUUUACUGAGUAUACAGGGGUUUCCCCAUACAUGGCAUAGCAUUCAUUGAGUUGGAUGGGCCUUCCAGUAACUUUGAAAGGCUUUUAAUAAAACUUACAUAAUCUUUGUUAACUGAACUCAUGGGGAAAUUUAGAUUUUUCUCCUUUCCUUAUGUAAUUUUUAUUAACUAAGGGAGGUAGUGUCACAUAAUUUAAUGUACAGUAUAUCAAUAGUAUCAACAUACUGUACUUGUACAGUAAUCCCUGAUUAUUCGUGUAUUAUGUAUCCAUGUCUUUGACAAUUUGCGGAAGGCAAUAAAAUGUUAAAUAUUAAAACUGAA